UCUUCAGCCAAUCAACAGACAGAACUGUAACUAACGCGUUACCAGGCAGGACUUUAAACUAGACAUCGACAAUGGCGGCUGUAACCUCUACCAGACCGUACCACAUUAUUAUUUUUGGUGCCACAGGGUUCACCGGACAGUUUGUUGUGGAGGAGGUCGCCCGCUGCGCCGCAGAGAGCUCCCUGAAAUGGGCCGUGGCCGGGAGGAGCAGGCAGCGCCUGGGAGAAGUGUUGAAAAGGGCAGCGGAGAGGCUGUCCAUGAUAGAGCUGAGGACAGACAUUGAAAUCAUUGUUGCUGAUGUGAGCAUCGAGGAAUCGCUGGCCAUCAUGUGCCAACAAGGCCUGGUGAUUCUCAACUGUGUGGGCCCUUACAGAUUUUAUGGCGAAGCAGUGGUCAAGGCAUGCAUAGAAAAUGGAGCUCACUACAUAGACAUCUGUGGGGAGCCUCAGUUUCUGGAGCGUAUGCAGCUAGAGUACCACACUAAGGCGUUGGACAGAGGAGUGUAUGUGAUUGGCAGCUGUGGCUUUGACUCCAUACCGGCAGACCUGGGUAUUCUGUACACACAGAGGCAGUUCAAAGGAACACUGACAGCUGUGGAGAGCUUCCUGAACAUCAGCAGUGGGCCUCAGGGAAUGUCUGGCCACGAUGGCACUUGGCAGUCUGCUGUGUACAGUUUUGCGGACAGCAGAUCCCUCCGCCAGCUGAGGAAGAAGUUUGGCCACAAGCCGCUGCCUGUGGUGGGAGCCAAAGUCAAAAAGAGAGGGUUUUUGUUUUUCAGCAAAGAGAUUGAACAGUAUGCCAUCCCAUUUAUGGGCUCUGACCCCUCGGUAGUCAAGAGAACCCAGCGUUUCCUUCAUGAGGAGGAACACCGGUCACCGGUCCAGUACAGUGCCUACGUUGGGAUUGGUGGCCUCUUCUCGGUAGUCAAGCUCCUCUGUGGUGGCCUAAUCUUCUGGUUCAUGGUGAAAUUUAGCCUGGGCAGGAAAAUCCUCACCAUGUUUCCAUCACUGUUCUCCUUUGGAUUGUUCACCAAGUCUGGUCCAACCAUGAAACAGAUAGAAGACACCUGUUUCAGCUUGACAUUUUUCGGAGAGGGCUACUUAGAGGGUACAGAUCCCACGCAGGGCCAGCCCAACUCAAAGAUCUGCACUCAGGUCAUAGGAGCAGAGCCUGGUUAUGUAGCUACAGUUUCUGCUAUGGUACAAGCAGCAGUAACUUUGCUGAAUGAACUGCACUCUCUCCCCAGAAGGGGAGGGGUGUACACUCCAGGAUCUGCCUUCUAUAAAACCAGCCUCAUCGACCGCCUCCAGAGCCACAGCAUCAAGUUCUCUGUCAGAAACUACCAGUAGCCCCCUAACAGUAACCACUGUAAAGGCCACGUCACCCUGCACUUGCAGUGUGUUGUAUUUGAAGUGUUGGCCGAUCUUUAAUCCAGUCAGCAUUACCGCUUUUAAUAAUGGGUGUGACUGUAAAAUCUCUGAACCCUGCAUCUAUUGUUUGUCUGUUUGUUGGUGUAGAUAUAGCUCUGAGAAUUCAUCUGAGGGGUCAGAGCCGGUUACAGAAUCAGUAAAACAGGGAGAGGUUUUAGACUUGCUCAAGGACACUUCAGAAAACAUGUACACAUUGGCUGCCAGCCACUAAGGAUCUCUGGUUCUCUAUGUCUUAAGCCUAGUUUACAUCACAAGAUUUUCACUGCGAUUUUGACAUCGCAGAGGAUCUUGAGAGCCUCCAUGGGUCGGAGGUGAGUCGGCAGAUAGUCUGCCACGACGAGUCCUCAUGUGUGAACAAGCCUACGAGCAAGUCGCCCCCUCGUCUGUGACUGGAUAUCUGGCAUGCUAGAAAACUGGAGAAGUGUGACAUGACUGACAAAGAGCCUCAGCCAAUGAGACCAAGUGGAGUUGCUUAUUUGGGCUUGCUCUCUAAAUGUCGCCUUUCUCUAUAUAUAUCCAUCGCUUCUUUUGGGCUUGUUUCCAUAGCCCUGGUUGCUUGUUUCUCUCCCAAGAUCUGGCAACACUGACAAGCCGGCAAGCAACAACAACAAUGGCGGCGUCCACAGGAUCACGGGGAGUGCGUUGUGUUUGGACCCAGGCCCUGGAGGUCACCACUUAUCUGGGGCUCUGUCGGCGAGGGCUCGGUGGAGAAAUCUUGUGGUGUGCACACAGCUCGUAACGCAGUUGGCGAGACUCUCGAUGACAGAAACACACGUUGCCAGGUAUGAACACUCACAAGAUUACGAUAGUCUCCACGGCACAUUUUGCGGGGUGAAAAUCGUAUAAUGUGAACUAGGCUUUAUUAAAACAGCAGACGUAUCUUUCACACUAUCUUGUUAACCACUUAUAAACUGUUGGUUUUAUCCAGUGACUGCAUAUAAAGAUGGACAACGAGUCUCCACUUCCUCCCACUGUACAAAAAUUAAACCAAAAUAUCCCUCAUCCUGGGAAUUGCGCUGCCAUCUUGCGCUAGUGACGUCAUUUGGAGCCAGAGUUUGUCACUGUGGUAACGAGUUCCUGCCCAUACACCUGUUCAACAAAUCACAAGCACGAGCACACUGAUUGGCCACACAUUUGUCAAUUAUGACGUCAAACAUCCUUAUGUGUGAUCAAGUGACAACACUGUUGCACUGAGAGACGUGUUCCUCCUACUUUAUGUGAACUCAAUACCACGUACAUCGUCCUGCAGGGUAAAUACUCAUUGGCGUACCAAAUACACAGCUGAAAAUAGUCCCCAGCAAACACACUACGUACUUCUGCUUGAGUAACACUGGUAAAAACUACACUAUGCAUUUCUGGCUACUUUUAAAAAAUGUAGGAACCAAUAGGACAGGACAGAGAAGUCCCAAGGUAUUGAGUGUUUUUGAUAUUUUGGCCUUUUCAUGUGACUUGUUGAGCCCAGUUUUGUCCUUUAAAGAACUUCCCAGCCUUUAAACUAAAUGUGUACAGUUAAAUGCACAAAAGAAUAAAUAAAAAAAAAACCCUCAA